AUGCUGCAUGGCGAUGGUGUGGCCUACCGCAUGUCUCUUACUNCGGCCGGAGCGGCAGCAUCGGCGGCAGCUCCAGCGGCGACGGCGGUGAUCUCUGGUGGGAGUGUUCCCCCCGCGGCGGCGGCCCCCGCAGUGACGAGGUCGCGGGCGAAGCGCGAUGGGCCGGGGCCGGGGAUAUUUGCUCUUCUAGCCACGGAGGACGAGAUCAAGCGGACUAUCGCCGAGCUUCCUUCACCGGGCGUCGCUGAGACAGCCCUGCCGACAGGGCUGGUGUGCGACCUGGAGACGCCUGAGACAUACGGGGAGGCGCACGCGGGGCCCCACCACCACAUCUGGACCAACGCCGAACGCAAGGANGUCGCGGGCGAAGCGAGAUGGGCCGGGGCCGGGGAUAUUUGCUCUUCUAGCCACGGAGGACGAGAUCAAGCGCGAGGGACGAACGUCAUCUCCGCCAAGUGGGUGUUUUCAUGGAAGAGAGACGAGUUUGGGUAUGCUGUGCGUGCUAAGGCUAGGUUGGUAGCCCGUGGGUUUGCGCAGCGUGAGGGUGUUGACUUCUUUGAGACUUUCUCCCCGUGUCCUUCCAUCACGAGCAUUCGAUUGCUAGCCGCCAUUGCCUGUGUGUUAGAUUGGGACUUGUGCCAUUUCGAUGCCGAGCAAGCCUUUGUCCAAUCAGAACUGGAUGAGGUUGUGUUCAUUCGUCUUCCCCCUGGGUGCGGUGCGCUUUCCGGUAAGGUCGUGCGGUUGAGACGGAGCCUAUACGGUCUGAAGCAGGCGUCCCGCACAUGGCAUCAUCACUUGAUGCGUGGAAUGAAGAGUCUUGGUUUCGAGCCUUGUGCCGCCGAUGCGUGUGUGAUGCGUCUGAUCGAGAGCGGUGUAGUCACCAUGGUGGUUGUGAUCCACGUAACGACACCUUCUCUAUCAGGCUCAAGAGCAGGUGCGAUCAGUUUGGUGUUGACCUCAACCGGUAUGUAUGUGCCCAUUUCCAACCUUGGGGAACUGCGACGGUGCGAUCAGUUUGGUGUUGACCUCAACCGGUAUGUGCCCAUUUCCAACCUUGGGGAACUGCGCUGGUAUGCGGGUUGCCGGUUUUCUCGUGACACGGUGUUGGGGACGGUGACUAUUUCGCAACAGGCUGUAGCGGAGAAGAUCGUUGCCAAGUUCGGUGUGACGACGGACAAAGAGACACCUAUGGUCGUUGGGUUGAAGCUUGAGCAGUACGACGCCGACGAGCCCGAUGUCGACGAGCCUUUCCGGUCGCUAGUGGGACACUUGAUGUGGCUGGCGAAUCAGACUCGCCCGGAUAUUCUCAACGCGGUGCGUGCCGUUGCGAGGUAUUCGCACGCGCCGAAGCGACUGCACUGGGAGGCGGCUUUGCAUGUUUUGAUGUAUCUUAGAUUCACGAACGGGUACGG